CCCUGCUCCCUCUCAGCGUUGUGCAGCCUGACGCGUUUCAUUUCUUCGGUGUACACCGGCUCUGGCUGAUUUCGUUUUCUCUCAAAACGCCAGAUCGGCGUGUGAUGUCUCUGUGAUUGUGCGUGACUGGCCUUUGCAGUGAGGAAAUCGUCCAUCAUGAGCUGCUCCGGGUUCACCUGCUCUAAAAACUGCCUGUGCGCCAUCAACCUGCUGUAUGUGAUGGUGAGCAUGCUAAUGAUCGGUAUUGCUGCCUGGGGGAAGUGGUUUGGCCUCGUCUCAAGCUUCCAGGUGGUGGGGGGCAUCAUCGGGGUUGGGGUCUUCCUCUUCUUCGUCGCUUUGGCUGGACUUAUUGGUGCCAUCAAACACCACCAAGUUCUUCUCUUCUUUUACAUGAUUAUCUUGUUCCUGGUCUUUGUGGUCCAGUUCUCAGUGUCCAGUGCAUGCUUGGCCAUCAACAAAGAGCAGCAGAAUCACCUGUUGGAGGUGGGCUGGAACAACUCCCAGAGCACUCAGAGGGACGUAGAGAAAAGCCUCAACUGCUGUGGAUUCUCUCACGUGGACAUGAACGGAACCUGUGCUGCUGCCUGUUUUUCUCACACCAAAUGUGACACCUGUGCAGCAAAGAUCCAGGAGCAUGCUGGGGAGGUGCUGCGCUUUGUGGGUGGAAUCGGCCUGUUCUUCAGCUUCACUGAGAUCCUGGGCGUGUGGUUAACAUACAGGUACAGAAACCAAAAAGAUCCACGAGCCAAUCCCAGUGCCUUCCUGUAGUCAACGGCAUGGCUGUCACAGUGACCGUCUGUGUACUUGUCUAUUUGCUGGACUUCUUACUGGAGCUCUGUUAGAGACGAGAAGUGUGCGUUUGCUUUCUCUGAAGUGGAGAUCACUGCUUGUUUCUGCUGCUGUGUGUACUGAUCAUUUUCUAGGGUGCAGUGUUGUGAAGCAAAAAAAUCCUAUGCGUAAUUUUUGUUUGAAGAUGUCUUGAAUGGAGACUACAGCUACAGCAAACAUCACAAUGGAACUGACACUUUUUACCUUACACAGUAAACACUUCUUCAAACACCUAUGGGCUAUGAUCAGUCUAAAACCAAGAAUUUCAAAAUGUGGAGAAAAACAGUCACUGUAAGAGAAAACGGACUACACUACGACUAGUAUAUACCUGCAUGUUAUUGUUUCUGUUCACAUUGGUUGUUAUUGUUGAUGUGUGUUCAGACAGGAUGAAUACUGCGUUUUAAAUUCCUGAAUCCUGAAAGUAAUAUUCUUUAUGAUGCAGUAUGUUGAUACCACCACAUGGACACAGUCCUCUUUGUGUACAUGCACAAAAUCAGUCACUCUGAGGCUACUGGUCAAGAAUGCAAUAAAUUAAUCAUUGUGAUUUUUGGUCAGUUAAUGUGCAUCUUAUUUAAAUGUCUGCAUGACAAACUUUCCUCUGCGAAUCUGGAUAUGCAAAAAGAAAAGGUCCUCAUUGAUUAUCCUGAGAGGCAAUUGAACCAUGCAAGCAACAUGAAAGCCCCAUACAUUGAACGAUCUUUGACACAUUUCACGUCACAGUUAGUCGUAUUCAAAGUUUGAACAACCUGGUCAAACUGCACGUUUUGUUGGUUUUCUAAGUGGAAAUAAGUCAAAAAUAUCCUGUACAGAGAACACACUUCUGCACAUUUUAGUGAACAACUUAUAUGUAUUUGCUUUAAAAAAUAAAAUGUUUCAUUUUUUUCCCACUAUUUUGGAUUUGGCAAGUAAAUAGUCAGGUGACACUUUAUUUUGAGUGGUCCUUUUUAGAUGAAACAAACACUCAACAGACUCUCAGUAAUGUGUCAAAAACAUAUGAAGGUUGGGUUUAGGUUUUGGGUUGAGGUUAAGGUUAGGGUUAGGUUUUGGGUAAGACUAGGUUUUGUGUAAUGGAAGAAACAUAUUAACGAUACAAGAUGUAAUUUGACCAGGGACCUAACCCUUUGCAUAUGCUAGUAUGCAUUUCAUUAAAUCCAUUUAUUAAGCCUGUGACUGAUAAUUGUAUGUGCUCAGAUUAUUAUUUUUUUUGUGUGGUUUUGCCUUCUUGCAUGAAUUCUUCACUACAGUGUGCAUCUCUAUCAUGUGGUUCUGUGAACUAUGCACUCCUACAUUUGAAAAGCAACAGAAUAAAGAAUGCAUUAUCACCCAGUCUC